UUCGCUCUUUCCAUUUUAAGUUUCAAUUUCUCAUAGUUGUUCUCAGCAAGGAAGGAAAAUAUUCAAUUUCUGAAUUUAAUUCGCGAUUUAUAAAGUGAAUAAAUUUAAGUCAAACAGCGUUUACUAAAUAUAAUGUUUUUCUGAUUUUGGUUGAGGAAAAUAGUGACCCGUUACUCAGGGUACCGUUAAGUGUUAUUUAUGAAUGUGACCAUCUUCAAUAGAGUCAACAACCCUAAUAAAGAUAGCGGUGGCAUGUAUUCCGAGUGGAGUUCAUUGCCCCUGGAGGGAGGGGGGCGGGGCGUGCUGGGCGCUGUCGGUGGCAGGGACGUUGUGCUGGCCGUGGUCAAACAACUAGCCUCACAUGAACCCAGUCCACUCACCACUGAUGCUGAGGUGGAGUGGGUGCUGGAGGUGAUCAGAUUCGGUCUGUCGCUGCCGCUGCAGGAGCACGAGGCGCUCCGAGACUGCGUGCGCGUGUGCUGCGCCUGGCUGGCGCCGCUGCUGCCGCCGGCGCCGCCCGCCAUGCCGCCGCCGCCCGCGCUGCCGCCGCCCGUCGCCGCCGCCCCGCAUAAAUACGCCAGGAAGAUACUAAGACACCUACACAAUCUAUUCGUGCCCAGGCCUAAUGAGACUCUCACAUUUAUCUAUCAAAUGGAACUGGGCGGGGACCUGAUCAGCAAGCAGGCGGUGCUGUGCCACCGCGUGCUGCGGCUGGCGCGCGCGCUGGGCGCGGGCGGGGCGCUGGGCGCGCGCGACUGGGCGCAGCUGCUGCUGCUGCUGCUGGCCGCCGCCGCCGCGCUGCUGUCGCCGCCCGCGCCGCACCACUCCGCCGCCGAGCAACUCUGUGAGCGCGUGCUCUGCGUGCUCUUCGAGGUCUGGAUCCUGGCCUGCCACAGAUGUUUCCCGGCGCCCCCGCUGUGGCGUACACUGCGCGAGCAGUGCGUGCGCUGGCGCCACCGCGCGCCGCUGACGGAGCAGUGGACGCGCGCCUCGCUCGCCCUCACCGCCAGGCUGCUCAAACAUAUGUACGGACCACUCUUCCCCGUCAUGCCUAUCAGUGAGGAGGAUGCCAACCUAAUUCCCCCGGACAUGAGCGCGGAAGCAGUGAUGCAGAGCUGGUACCGGAUCCUGCAUACUAUCGGGAACCCGGUCGACCUCUGCAGGCCACAUGUCAUCAGCCAGACUCCUGACUUUUUACAGUAUUCUAUAACUCAAGACGAAGGCAGCAGGGAUCCAAGCCAGCAUCCAUGCCUUCAAGCCCUGCCCUCAAUCUUCCACAAAGCUAUGAAGGGUAUAGCCGCACACGUAGACGCGUUCCUAGGGCGCGGCUCGGAGCGGUGGUGGGGCGCCGGCGCGGGCGCGCCCGACCACGACGACGGCGACCUCACGCCGCCCGCGCACCGCCGCCUCGCCAAGUCCUUCAGCGUCUCCGCCGCCCGCCCGCGGGACAAACUGCCCGAACGAAGUACUCCACGCACUUCGCUGAUUGGCUUGACGAGCAGUCGUCCACCCAGCGUAGCUCCCACUACUCCUCCUAACUCUAUCACCUCUCAAGUGGGUGAAUCAGAGAAGCCACCGUUAACUCCGCUCCGUCCGAAAGUUAACUCCAUCUUGCAUCUGUUUGGAGAGUGGCUGUUUGAGGCGGCACUCAUUGGUACUACUCCGCAAUACAACAACCAACAACGUACAGAAGGCACGCCCCCGCCACCGUCCUUGUCUGACGCUACUUACAAGUUGAACAUGCUCAGUUACCAGCCAGGUCGCGCGGAGGCUCUGGGUACUCUAUGUCGCGUGCUGUGCUCGAAGCAGUGUCGCGAGGAGGUCCACCCGCCGUACCUGGCGCGGUGCUACGCGGCUCUACACCGGGGUCUGAGAGACCCCGCCACCGCCGCCGCUGUCGUACUCAACGCGCCUGAUAUCUUCCGGCUGGAUCUGGACGGUGUCUUAGUCCUAGUCCCAGACUUUAUCAACGCUUUAGACCAGAUACUCUCAGAAAGGGAGCCUAGACUGGAGUGUGGUAAUAUAGACAAGAGAGAACUGCGUAAAGCUGCCAUCAGCGCGCUGCUGUCCCUAGUCGCGUUUCCGUACCAUUACAAGGGCUUACCGGUUCCCGAGUUCCCGGGGUGUAAUGAAUAGUAAGUAAAUUUUGUUCCU